AUGUCACGGGUCUCAGCUGAGCCCCUGUCCUUGCGACGAGUCACGAGAAGCCAAAGUCGAGAAGUCGAUAAUGAUCCGCAGAGCUAUCAUUCUAAUGUCGGCUCUAAAAGUUCCUUCACACCUAUUAAGAGGGAGGUAAAUGGCAGUAGACUGAGCGCUGUGAUUGAACAAUCACCUCUGCCUUCGCGCCAAACGCCGGUUUCCACGUUUGGCUCCUCUGUCAUUCCUGAGUCUCCUGGAAAUUCGGAGGGCAACACGAACAUUUCCGGCACGACCUUCCUGGAGCAACCAGAUGAUGCCGAGUCGAACGAUGAAGCUCCAAAUGACCCUCUGCUCUUGGUCGACGAGCUUCCGGAUCUUCAACAGACAGCGUCCAAGCUAAUGAGCCUAAUGGUAUCAAACCAUUCAGAUCCAGUCAACGUCGUUAACGAGGCAAGGCGAAUGCGCACCGCUGAUUCCAGAAGCCCAGAGAGCAGACGUUUCAAAUCUCACUGUCGCAAGCUCGUGGACAGAAUUAAGCAGUUUAGCCCCCAUACAUUCAUUGAUGUUCAUCAUAUUCGCAGUCUGAUUCCUUCGGUCCCUGGUCAAGAUGGCUCUGGAAAAUGGAGCCCGACCCCAGCGCUACAUAGCGCAAACUGCGCGCGGCUGGCGUUUGAACUACUGCUAUCAACUGCCGAUUCUCAAGCUAUACGGCAAGUUGUCGCGGGAUUGAAUGAGCAUUUCCCUGUCUUAUUCUUAGAUAAAUUUGCAAACGAUGGCUCGAUCGGGACUAGCAAUACUGAAAAGGCUGCACUUGAGCUUGCUCUUGAAAUUCGAACACAACAUUUCAUCUUUGAGUUUGAGAGGCUUCAGAACGAGAAGAACUUUGAUCCAGGAUCCCUGAUUCAAUCGGUGUUCUACGAUGGUUCUCUGCACCAGGGUAAUGAGUUGGACUCUCGCUGGCUCCGUGGUUUUGCACUGGAGACUUCUUUUCAGGAUGAAAAUGAAUGUCUGCCAGAACGCCUCCAUGACACUGUUCUGGAUCGUAUUGCCGAACUGCGCCUUGACAUGUUCGACGAUGACGAUGCACCCAAUAUCGCAGGCUUAAAGGCAGUAUUCCCCUGGAAGCGAUUUCCCCUGCGUGUUGCUCGUUUUCUUCUGAACCGCGACCGAGAGAUUCGACGUGACCUGAAAACACAAGCGAAUUUCGAUGAUGUCCAAGACCUCCUCGUGAAGAUUAUCAAUGGCGAGGAGCGUGUUCCUACUGCAUCAUCUGUAUCUGAGAAUCGUAUGGACUGGUUUUCUUCGCCUAUCAAUGAGCAUUCUGUCCAGGGUCCGUUGUCACAGGAACCUCAAAACGCCAGAACUCAACGGCAACAGGUUCAGGAAACUCCUGCCUCACAAACCUCAGCCCCCAUGGUAGCCACCCGCCCUGCCUUGCCCUCCCCAUCUCCACUCCGAUCUCCACUACAAUCCUCCAUAGUACAACACCGUCCAAUGAGCCAAGCCACGAAACCAGUAGAUAAGAACCCUCACCGAAGAAAAUCGGCCAAAGGUUAUCUGAACAUGGAAAACAUCAGCCGCCUUAAACAGCGCAUGGAUGGCCAUGGAUCGCCCUCACGACAAACAACCAGGGCUCCUGAAGGGCAGCCCACGUCACAUGAAGAAAAUAAUGUUGCAGAACAUGAUUUCGGCAACGACACGACUUUACAUCACGACGCGGACGACCUUGACCUCAGCGGAAUUCCUGAUGAAUCAACCACACCCCCGGGGUCUGCUAGAACAAAUCAAAUCAGCCAUAAUGGCCGAUUUUUCGAUUCGCCGAGACCAAGUCAUACUGAUCGCCAAGCAUCACGCGCCCAAGCCCAGCAGACACCACCUCGCACGUAUUUCGAUCGCCAAAACAACGCGUCCAGGGUAUCUCCGAUAAACGAAUCCGAUACAAAGAGCGCAGAGCGACGACCCGCUCAACCCAGUGAUCUCAAUCCCAAAAAACGUACUCGGCAAGACACAGAUGACGAAGACGAAGACGAAGACGACUUCGAGCAAGAUACCCGCGUUACCAAUGUCAAGGCGAAGCGAGACGCUAAGCCCAAGCCACGUAAUGUUCGCCCUCGCCAGGAAACAGAGGACUCAAGUGAAGCUGGCCAACAGCUCCGGGAUCAACUCCUUGCGUCUAGUCAGCAACAACCAGCGACUCAAAGCGGGCCGAUGCCUCCUCCCUCGAAUGCAACUGUUCCUCCACCACCGGUGCAGGAGCAAGCACCACCUAGCGAACCCGCAGCGUCUGCUCCUCACCCAGCCACCGCUACCCAGCAGUCCAGCUGGGCAUAUCGAAAUGCGCCCAGGGCAGGAUCGUCUACUGUCGUUAAGCGCAAGGGUGGGAGAUGGUCAAAGGAAGAAGAUGAACGACUUAUCACGCUCAUCGCUGCUCACGGUACUAGUUGGAAAGACAUUCUUGCACAGGACAAAAUCUGUCCUGCGAGUGAUGGUGGGCCAGUUUUCACAAUCAGGGAACGUUCAGGCGUCGAUCUCAAGGAUCGAGCACGUGUAUUGAGAAAGCAUAUCGAAAAGGCCGGGCAACCUCUCCCUACUGGGUUUGAAAGAGUGGGGAAGGUUACCUGGUAA